UGGCCUGGCCGCCGAACCCCUCCACCCAAUUCCUACCCGGCUACCCCCCCCCACCUCUUCCCCUCCCUCCCUCCCUCCCCUCCGCGGCAUCGCUCGCCCGCCUGCUCCAAGCCGAAAGCUCCCGUCCCGAGGGUUUCAGGCCUCGUUGGCCCCUAGCUCCUCGUCGUCUUCCCGGGCCGCCGCUUUUAGGUGCGACUUCCGCAUCUUGUCCAGACGGCGGGGAUCGCUGGGUUCCUUCCCCCCGAAGAUCGCAUCUCUGGCCCGCCGGGGGAUCCGAUGAGAUGCGGGGGCGGUCUCGCAGUCCGAGCUCCUAGCACGCAUGGCUGAAGCGGCGGCCUCUUCUUCGUCCUCGUCCGCGGGAUCCUUCGCCCCUCGCCGCCUCCAUGGCGCCCGCGUCGUCAGGGACGCGCUCCCGUACGGUACCCUCGCCGCCCCGCCGCCGCCGCCCCAGCCGCAACUGCCGCCGGUGGUGGCGCAGCAGACGCCGGGCGGGGGUGGGGGAGGCGGAGGAGGAGGGAAGAUUAGCCCCGCGGUGCUCUUCAUCAUCGUGAUUCUCGCCGUGGUGUUCUUCAUCUCCGGCCUGCUCCACCUCCUGGUGCGCGUCCUCAUGAAGAAGCAGCACCGCCGCGGCGGCGGCCGAGGGGCCCCGGCGGCGGCGCGGGUCUCGGGAGGGGACGCCGGCGGGGCGGAUGCGGCGCUGCAGCGGCAGCUGCAGCAGCUGUUCCACCUCCACGACUCCGGGCUGGACCAGGCCUUCAUCGACGCGCUGCCCGUCUUCGCCUACCGGGAGAUCGUCGUGGGCGGCGGCGGCGACGGCGACAAGGAGCCGUUCGACUGCGCGGUGUGCCUGUGCGAGUUCGACGCCGAGGACCGGCUCCGGCUGCUGCCGCUCUGCGGCCACGCCUUCCACCUCAACUGCAUCGACACGUGGCUGCUCUCCAACUCCACCUGCCCGCUCUGCCGCGGGGUGCUCUUCGUCCCUGGGCUCAUGGGCGAGGACGACACCAUGUUCGACUUCGAGGAGAGGCUGGAGGAAGGGAGGCUGUCGGAGGACUGCGACGACGGGUUUGGAUUGCCUGGGCAGAAGGCUUCAGGGCUGGCACAGACGCCGGUGGCUGAGAAGAGGGUGUUCCCCGUGAGGCUGGGGAAGUUCAAGAAUGUCGGAACACAGGGUCCCGUGCAAGGUGGCAAUGCUGACGUCAAUGCCAGUGUGUUGAGUAGGGAUCAAGGGGAGAGCAGCAGCAGCAGCCUGGAUGGAAGGAGAUGCUUCUCCAUGGGCACCUAUCAGUAUGUUCUUGGCACUUCUGAGCUCCGGGUAGCUCUCCAGCCUGGCUGGAAUAGGAAUGGUGCUGGUGGUGCGAUGAGGGGAAGACCUGCUGGUUUAAGUUCAAUCAAUGCUGAUAUUAUGGAGGGGAAGAAGAUCUGUGCGAGGAACAAAGGGGAAAGUUUCUCCGUGUCAAAGAUUUGGCAAUGGUCUAAUCUGAAGGGCAAGCUACCUGCUGGUUCGGAUGAAUGUUCGGAUGCCGGGAGCCUUCCAUGGAUGAAGAGAGGAGGUGCCGCGGAUACAUCAAACAUAUGACUCUGUACUAGUGUACUUUGAUAGUAGCUAAUGUUUCUUUUUAUUAGAGAUGAUCACUCAAUUCCUCACCUGUAGUCAUUUUUCUUGCCUAAUUUUCAUAUGCUGAUUUUGAUUGGAGUGUCAAUCUCAUUGGGGGCUUAACUUUUGGUAGUCAUGCCAGCUUAGUAUGUUGCACCAUGUAGAUUCCAAUCACUUAGAAUGAUGUUAUUCUGGCCUGCCAUAUAUUUUGUGUUGAUCUGAUGCUGCAAUUUAUAUCUCUGCAAUUUCUGA